AUGCACCAUUUUCUCGACACAUGUGCGUUAGUUAGUACGGACAUGGACGUGGACGCGGACAUGGACGUGGACGUGGAUGUGGACGUGGACAUGGACAUGGACGUGGACGUGGACGUGUACGUGGACGUGGACAUGGACGUGGACGUGGACGUGGACGUGGUCGUGGACGUGGACGUGGACGUGGACGUGGUCGUGGUCGUGGACGUGGACGUGGACGUGGACGUGGACGUGGACGUGGUCGUGGACGUGGACGUGGACGUGGACGUGGACGUGGUCGUGGACGUGGUCGUGGACGUGGACGUGGACGUGGACGUGGACGUGGACGUGGACGUGGACGUGGACAUGGACAUGGACGUGGACGUGGACGUGGACAUGGACGUGGACGUGGAGAUGGACGUGGACGUGGACAUGGACGACGUGGACGUGGACAUGGACGUGGACGUGGACAUGGACUUGGACGUGGACGUGGACGUGGACCUGGACGUGGACGUGGACGUGGACGUGGACGUGGACAUGGACGUGGUCGUGGACGUUGACGUGGACGUGGACGUGGUCAUGGACCUCGACGUGGACAUGGACGUGGACGUGGACAUGGACGUGGACAUGGACGUGGACAUGGACCUGGACAUGGACGUGGACAUGGACGUGGACAUGGACGUGGAGAUGGACGUGGACAUGGACGUGGACCUGGACGAGGACGUGGACAUGGACGUGGACGUGGACGUGGACGUGGACAUGGACGUGGACGUGGCCGAGGACAUGGACAUGGACAUGGACGUGGACGUGGACAUGGAUGUGGACGUGGAGAUGGACGUGGACGUCGACGUGGACGUGGACGUGGACGGUCUGGACGUGGACGUGGACGUGGAUGUGGACGUGGACGUGGACAUGGACGUGGACGUGGACAUGGACGUGGACGUGGACGUGGACGUGGACGUUGUCGUGGACGUGGACGUGGACGUGGACGUGGACGUGGUCGUGGACGUGGACGUGGACGUGGACGUGGACAUGGACGUGGACAUGGACGUGGAGGACUUGGACGUGGAGGACUUGGACGUGGACAUGGACGUGGACGUGGACGUGGACGUGGACAUGGACAUGGACAUGGAUGUGGACGUGGACGUGGACGUGGACAUGGACGUGGACAUGGACGUGGACGUGGACGUGGACAUAGACGUGGACGUGGACAUGGACGUGGACGUGGACGUGGACGUGGACGUGGACAUGGACGUGGAGGUGAACGUGGAGGACUUGGACGUGGACAUGGACGUGGACAUGGAUGUGGACGUGGACAUGGACAUGGACAUGGGUGAUGUCAGUGAGGUGUAG